AUGUUGCCCCCUCGCAAUUCAACCGGACGAAUACCGCGAGCUACUCGGUUGCUGCGCCCACCUGGUGGCUAUGGCUAUUCCAACCCAUCCCAUCAUCACCUUCGCCAAUUCACAAGCAAGCCACAGCUCCAUCUAAUCUCUCCCCCGCUCGGUCGCCCUCAGCUACCUUUCCUCUCGCCAUUGACCGGUCGUCGCCCUGUUCCGCCGUUAUCGAUCCAUCUUCGUCAGCACUUUGCUCGAUUGAUCUCGACUGAGAGCCGGGAACAUUAUAAACGCCGUCUGUCGCGUGGUCUCCGCAUCGGAUUGAGCUUUUACGCCAUCCUGGUUCUGUUUCAGGUUAUCAAGCUGGGUGUUUAUCAAGAAGAGAUUGAGCAUAAAUGGCCGACGCCGCCGGAGUGGUCGUGGAAAAGUCGAUGGUGUUUGCGAUCUGCGCAGGCGCUCCAGAAUCCAGAGGAGAUUGGAAAGUUGAUGGCCAAUUGGCCCAUGGUUGCGGGGUAUGUGCGUGAAUUGCUGGAGAGGUUGGAAAAUGUCGAAGGAGAAGGAAAGGGCAUUGUUGAGCAGGGUGAUGGAGGGUUUUUGGUUGAGGGGCUUGGGAAGACUGGGUUUGAUAUUUCGGCUAAGAGCGAGCCGUGGAGACGAGGAUACUUCCAGGCUCUCAUGGGUGCUGCGAAGGCUGCGGAGAACCUUGAGGGAUGGUUGACGGAUCGGAAGCAGCGUCUCUCUGCUCCUGCUGAGCAUUUUGUCGGCCCGUCAAAUCCUAGACCGAAGCCAAUGCCAGCAGGCCACAAGCAGGUGCUGCGGGAGGAGGACAGUGAACCUGCUUCUCAGAGCCCGGAGGUCUUUUACAUGAAGAUUUUGACGACAAAAGGGUUCGACACAAGACAGAAGCUUGAUGCUGCUCUUGCGUAUGCCGAUUGGCUUGACUACAAGGGCUUGCAAGGGACGGCGAGUGACAUGUAUCGGUGGGCAAUGGAUAUCGCGGCAGCUGGAUCGCCCGUGGAUGCUGCGAGCAUCGUGGAUGUGAAUACUGGGGUUCUCAAGAACAACAACAAGGCUACGCCGUCCGAGAACAUACUCCGCGUUUCAACUGCACUUGCCGUACACAAUGCCCGACAAGGCAAUCUCCCUACCGCUCUAUCCAUAUUUGCUUCCGUCUUGAAAGCUCGCCGUUCUCUCCCUCUAUCAUCAUCGGACACUGCCUCAUCCCUCUUCUUGUCCACUCCCAAGGCCAAAGACCCCUUCUCUUCCCUCUUCACCACCCUCAAAACUGUCCUCACUCCAGUCGAAUACCCAGCGCCCCUUCCAUCUGGAAACGAUCCUCCUUCCCGCACUGCCAGCUCCAUCUGCGAUGAGGCAGGACUUAUGACAUACAUUGGCGAAAUCAUCUUCUCCUCCUCUUCCAAGGAAACCGGACUCGCUUGGACCCGCGAUGCAGUCGACACAGCCGAAGCCACCAUCCUCGAACUAGGCGGCUCCGAAGACCGCGCUCCCCGCCAACGCUGCGCCGAAUGCCUCAAAGUGGGCUUCGAGAAUUGGAGAACAAUGGUCUCCCAAUUAUCCGCCAAGGCCGAGAAAGAUGAACUCGAGAGCAUAGAGAAAGCCAAGACGGCUUGGAUCGGUGGCCAAAAACAAGUUCAGGCCAAGGCUCUUGAACGUAAGAGAUGGGACGCUGAGAUAAUUAUUCUCGAUGAUCGUAUCCAGAGAGUCUGGCCGAUGAUCGAUGGUGAAUCGGGUCUCGAUGGUAUCGCACCGGGUACUUCUCUGUUUGUAUGA